AUGCGAGCUCUGCUGUACGGCCGCUGCCAGCAGCCGCCGCCAAAUGCGACCAACGAGCCGCCCACGUACGCCGUUCUCCGUUGCGUCGCUUUCCGGGGCGACAGCAAGCAAGAGGCGGCCGCGACGGAUGAUGUCGAGCUCUUCGCCAUUGACUCCACGGACGAGUCCAACGUCGCCCUCUUCCACCCGCAUGCGUCUGCCGCUGGGCACCUCUCGUUCCUCUACGCCACCAAGGACGGGCGCAUCCGCUGCUUCCGGUACGACCCGGCGCAACGGCAACGAAAUCUAGAGGCGGCCGCCGCCGAGAGCGGCGCCACUGCGGAGCCAUCGCUCGGUCUGUCUUCUUCCGCCCGAUGA